AAAUAGCCGCGUCAGAGUUGAUGCGCAAUCCCACAGUAUGAGGAGAGCUUUGACGGCGGCGGCGAUACUUCUCCACCGGCGGUCUCCCGUCGUCUUCAUUUCCACUUCGGCCUCUCCUCUUUCUCCUCCUCCUCCCCUCGAACCCUCGGCCUUCCUCACCGACGUCGAGCUCGCGGAGAUCCGCCUCCUCGUUCGUCGCCUCUGCGAGUCCGACCGACACGACGCAGCCGUCCGCCUCAUCACCACCGCCCUCCUUGCCGACCCCCCUCUCGAUGCCCUCCCCAUCGCCUCCCUGGCCGACCGCCUCUCCUCCCUCCCGGACAUGGUUGCCGCCAUGUCCCUCCUCACCGCACUCCGCUACCACCCCCGCCAUCCCUCCCCGAUCCCCUUCUGCUACUCCCUCAUCUCCUCCUACUUUCAAAAUAGCCGCCCUAAAGAGGCCGCCAAGGUCCUUUCUUGGCUCUUCCGGUCUGAUACCCCAUGCCGGCCCGACGCGGAGGUCUACCGGAUCUCAGUGGAAGGAUUUUGCCGGCUCGGCAGGAUGCUCGAUGCUCUUAUUGCCGUCAAGGAGAUGGUCUCCGAUAGGAUAACUCCGGCAAGCGAGACACGGGUGACAAUCUACCGGGGACUGCUCCAGCAGGCUCGGGUCGACGAGGCACAGGAGCUGGAUCCCGCAUUGAUGGUGAUCGAGCAGAGUGGUGAAGGAUUCGGUGAUGUUUUGAAGCUUCUCGACAGAAUAAUUAAGAACUGGGAGUAACCUACUGAUUCAUCCACUACCGAUAGCCACGAGCAAUGCAGGAAUUGGUGCAAAUGCAAUCUUCAUAAAUCAGGAAAGGAACUGCCAAAAACAUGAAAGGUAAAACACUUUUUUGUAAUAGUUAGCGUUGUGUCCACUAUGUUGUGCUUUCAAAUGCGUCCACCAUUUUUGUAUAGGGUACACUCAAAGUUGAUAAAGUUUCAAAACCAAAUGCCACUGUGCAUCCAUCUUAA